UCCGUCCACGUCGAUAUGACUGAUAUCCGCGCCGCCGCCGCCAUCCUCACUCCAAUGUCGUCGCACUACAUGGGCUCUCCCUCGUACUCGCUUCCCCUGCAGAUGAACGUAGACGACGACGAAGAUCGCCCGAGCUACUACGAGCGCAACCGCGACCAAGUGCGGGAGAACCAACGCUUGUACCGCGAAAGCAAUCGCGACAAGAUUCGAGCGAUCCACAAGGCGUAUUAUUUGAAGAACCGCGCCAAAAUCACAGCGUACAAACGCGAACGAUGGCAUCAGAAGAAGUCUCGAACGCCCGGCAAAGAACACCGCAGCCGCAGCGAGGACUCGUCGAGCAGCUUCAACGACGCGGUCCCGUCACGCCCGUGUUCCUCCUCCACCACGCCGUCUGCGUUUCCGCGUUCGUCUGCACGCAUGCCACUGCAUAUGCUCUUGAACCCCGUUCCAUCGGACGAAUGACAAUGGAGUACCACUAGGACAUAAUUUAAUCGGCAUUAAGAUGGCGUGUGUAUUUCUCUUGUUUCAA